UUUGGAUUAUAAACUUUUCCGAGAUAUCACUUCAUGUGUGAACAUAAUUUACAUAGAAUCUCUCACAAAACCAGCGAUACAACAGUGAGGAAGUGUAAAGGCUGCAUACAAUAUCGCUGUUAUCACUGCGAUAAGUGUUGUUUUUGUUAUCUUAAUGCACCAAAUGAACUAUUUCGCAAGUAGCAGUUCACUCUUAACAUACACUGUGCUUCAACUACAAGAUAAAGGAACAAUGGAGCAGCCGGUUCCUGAUUGGCUCUCUUCUGAAUUUCUUAAAGAGUGUUUACAACAAGAGCACGGUUACGAGGAUAUAGAGAUUACCAAGUUCACUGCUUUAACAGCUUUACCAGUGGGGGAGCAGUAUGGUAGCUGCCCCUUCCGAGUUAAACUAGAAUACAGGAAACAGAAAGGAAGUGAUGAGUUGUGUUCCUUAUCAUUAGUUUUAAAAUCUGAAUUGAAGGGUGGGGUAGUGAAAGAAGUAUUCGACACCCUUGAAUACUCAGAAUCAAUAUUCUACCAACGCUUUCUGCCCAAAGCCAUUUCUAUCACCAAUACUCCAUUUACAGCAAAAAGUUUUUACUCACCGAAAUUGUCCGUGAUUGUUCUUGAAGACUUAAAGGAGAAGGGAUUUAUUAUGGGAGACAAACAGAAUGGUCUGGAUUUUGAACACUGCCGCCUGUAUGUGGCUGCUGCGGCCAGUCUCCACGCGGCAUCACUCGCCGUUCUGGAAGAAGAACCGGAAUUAAUUAAUAUAGUUGGGAAAGAAAAGAUGUUUGUAUGUGGUCAAGCAGUAACCCCUGUCUUACGAACAAUGGUGUCAUGUGCAUUGAGAUGUUUGGCCGAAUAUACUAAAACUUCGGAUAUAUUCAACAAAUAUACCGACCUUAUCAGAGAUUGCAGUACCACCAUGCUUAAUAAGGUAGCAGAAGUGGUGAAACCCAGAAGAGACGAGUUUAACGCUAUGAACCACGGAGAUGGUUGGGCCAACAACAUGAUGUUUAGGUAUAACGAUAAAGGAUCACCGUGUGAAGUGAGACUGUUAGACUUUCAAUUGACAAGAUAUGCGUCUCCUGUCACUGAUAUUGUUUACUUCAUUUGGACAAGUGCCAACGAUGAUGUUAGAACUCGCAGAAUCAAUGAACUGUAUGAGCUCUAUGUUGAAGAACUCAACAAGAACCUAAAGCAUAUCAAUCGUUCUGAAAGCUUGUCUCACGAAGAAGUAAAAGUUGUGGUUAAAAGACUUAUUCCUUUGAGUUUCGUUAUGGGGGUCAUUAUACAAAUAUUCAUUGGUGAGAAUGCUCCGGAAAAUAUAGAAGCGCUUUUCAUAAAAGGGCAAGAAGAAGAGUCUUACCAAAUUUAUAAGUCAGCUUUCAGUAAUGAGAGAUUUCGUAAAAUCCGACUCCCAAAAUUAAUUCAGCAACUAGAAUUAGCAGGAGUAUUUGAAUACUUGGAAAAUGCAUAGAGAUACUUCAGCAAAUAAAAAGAGUAUUGAAAACUCGAUGGAAUGAAAACUACCAACGUAGUUAAUAAUUGUAUGGUAACUGAAGUGUUACUUAUUUAAACAGUCACAUAUUAAUGUAAAUAAACUUUAUGUAGUAUCGAAUACUAUUCUCUAUCCUCGAAUACUUGUUGCUUUUUGUAAAUAUGAAAAUAUUAUUAAGAAUACAAUUCUCUCACCGA